AUAAUGUCCAAUAGGGGGCGCAGCUCGUAACAUCCCGUCAUUGUUUAUUCCAAAAUGACGGAAAACAGCGCGUCGCCGGAGGAUCCCUGGCUCAAACAGACGGACGGCGCCUUCAGCGACAACGGCUUCGAUCACAGUUUCUUUACCGAGAGUGCUCGCAAAGGAAGUUUGGUGUCAAGAGCCAACAGCAUUGGAUCCACAAGUGCCUCUUCAGUACCAAACACAGAUGAUGAAGACAGUGACAACAGACAUGAGACGCCCUAUAAGGAGUCAUAUAAAGACAGGAGGAGACAGGCACACACACAGGCAGAGCAGAAACGUAGAGAUGCCAUCAAGAAAGGCUAUGAUGACCUGCAGUCUAUAGUGCCUACAUGCCAGCAGCAGUCUGACUUUGCCAUGGCCACACAGAAGAUGAGUAAAGCUACAGUCCUGCAGAAGACAAUCGACUACAUUCAGUUUCUCCACAAAGAAAAAAAGAAGCAGGAAGAGGAUGUUUCCACACUUAGGAAGGAGGUGAUGGCGCUGAAAAUUAUGAAAACGAACUAUGAGCACAUUGUGAAGGCCCAUCAGAAUAACCCUCAGCAGGGCAACGAGCAGGUUUCAGAUCAGGUGAAGUUCAGUGUGUUUCAGAGCAUCAUGGACUCUCUGUUCCAGUCCUUCAGUGCCUCAGUGUCAGUCAACAGCUUUCAGGAGCUCUCUGCCUGCGUCUUCAGCUGGAUCGAAGAACACUGCAAGCCACAGACACUGAGAGAGUUUGUGGUGACGGUGCUACAGCAAGUGAAUGGUCAGCUGUACUGAAGCUGUUGAUCUGUAUGUCUGUAUGUCUGUCUGUCUGUCUCUCAGGCUUAAAUCUUAUUCAAGAGAACAGUCUCUCUUUCACACACACACUAUGCAGCAGGGUAUCAGCACACUAAUAGACUGGGGUGCAUUCAAAAAAACCAAACAACUGUGGAAAUGCAAUAAAUCAUUCACUCAUUCAUUUUAUUACUAAUAAUUUGAAAGGUAAUGUUUGCGAUUGUUAUUCUGUUUCCUCACUCACCUUCAGCUAGCUUUGAAAUGAAAGAACGUGUAAUUUCUGUUUAGUUGAUGUUGCUGAACACACCUCAGUCCUAAAGUUUAAUCACUUCUUUUUUGUUUAAAACCAGAACCGUUUCUUCAGUAUUUAUAUUUUCUAAAGUCUUCAAAAAAAAAUAGCAUCCCGACAACCACAAAUAUGAGGAACACCCAGCUGUCAAACAACUUCACACCCCAUAUACUGCGGUGUGCGAUAUGUCUCAAUUUGCUGCAUUAUAAACCAGACAGCUGCCUUUGAAUGAUUAAGCUUGGUGUGCUGCAUUCAGUUAUCAUCUUUACCUCAUGUUCAAGUAAUUUUCCAAAGCACAUCUACAUUUUCACCUUUGCAAACAGCCUUGUGCUGGAAAGGGGAGCCAAGAGGUCUAGUUACACUGUGAUGUAUCACUGUCAGUUGGGUUUUUUUAAGUCCAAAAACAGCUGUCCUGCACGCUUUAAUAUACUUAAAGUUAGGCAAUGCUGAGCCAUCUUUGUUCCUCUUUUAAGCCACUGUCCUUGGGAUGCUGUGACCAAAGAU